AUGCCCAGUCAAUCAAUUCCUUCAUCCCCGAAGAGGUUGUUGUUUGGGACAGCGACUAGGUCAUCGCCAAACAAGUCGCAAACCGUGGGGGCUCAUAAUGACAAGAAUACAAGGAAGCCCGAUCGGAUUGUGUACUACUCCGUUAAUGAAGACAAGAAAUACGAACCCAUCAACUUCAAGGGAUUCGAUUUGCUUGAGCCGUUCAGCCACAUCAAUCUUGGACAUGCACGUGGACCUGGUGGACUCCUAUACAUGGUGCUACACUACUUCCUAGAGAAAGGAUGUACGCAGUAUCUAACCUUCACCAAAAUCGGCUUUGAGAAUUUUGAAAAGGCAUGUGCUGAUGUAGCUGAUGCGAUCACACUACUGGGAGCUCGCCCAUCAAAGCCAAUCUUACUGCUCAGACCCGCAUCACAAUCAUCAGGAUCACCGAAAGAUGAUGACAAUGAAGUGGACAUGAAGAUCUUCGUAGCAACGACAACCGGUACAGCCGCUACAGCAACAGGCAGUUGUGUUCUGUCAGCGACCAAGCGAGCGAGAAACGUUGAAGAAGACAUUCCCGACGAUCACAGGCCAGCGAAGAAGACGGACGAAACUGAGCGAGCGAGCUUCAUUGAUAAGCUUCGAGAAAUUGUGGCCAGUGACGGCAAUCUCAAAGCUUCAAAUGAGAAUUUGAGGCGACAGUGCGCUUCCUGGGAAGCUACAGCAAAGUCUACAGAUGAAAAGCGGAAGAAAACCGAACAACAGCGACAUGCAGCUGAAGAGCAGCGCCGCGAGGCUUGA